UUUUGGUUGAAAUAUAGGAAAGUAUGAGUGUUUUAUGCAGCCAGGCGGAUGGUUAGUAGUCCUCACAUUGUGCGCCAGUAAGAAGUGUUGGGGAGGAUGACGUUCCGGCUGAGAGGACCCUCGCUGCGUAUCCUGGUGCUGUUGAUUUUUGUCGCAGUGGCGCAAGGAGGAUUUAUCGAACAGCCCCCCAACAACGCCAUACGCUCGCUGGCCGAGGAGGAGACGGUCCUGCCCUGCCGCUACCAACCUGGCGACAAUGUGGUGGUGCAGGUCACAUGGUACAAGGAGACCCCCAAUGGCGUCAAGGAGCAGAUCAUCACCGCUCAUCACAAUAACGGCCAGACAGCAUUUGGGACGUGGUCUCGGCGCGUGCGAUUCAAAAGCAGUGACCCCACGGUGGAUUCGUCUCUGGUGGUCAUGAGCACAGAUGUGUCAGACGAGGGGACGUACAUCUGCCGCAUCACCAUCUUCCCCUUGGGAAACUUUGACAGAGCAAUGUCACUCACAGUGUGGACCAUCCCCAUCUCCUCCCUGGACCCUGUCAUUCUGGUCGAGGGACAGUCUUUCCGCCAGGUGGCCUCCUGCCGCUCCUUGGCCCGCCCGCCGCCUCUCCUGUCCUGGGACACCGAGCUGAGCGGCCAGUCGGUCAACCGUUCGUCUGAGAACGGGGCCGUCUCCACCCAUUACUCCCUGCACCCACUGAGGAGGAUGAACGGGAAGAAGCUGGACUGUCUGGUAUGGCAUCCCACUCUGACGGGGGGCCCACGCAGGCUUCAGAACAAGCUGGUGGUACACUUUCCUCCUGAUCCUGAGGUGUCAGGCUACAAUGGCGACUGGUAUGUGGACCUGGAGCAUGCAGCCCUGAGGUGUGUGAGUGGAGGAAAUCCCAAACCUCAGAUAUUCACCUGGGCCAGACUGGGUGACAAGUUACCCGAGGGCGUGAUCCCUCACCCCAACGGAACCCUUGAAUUUGGGCGCCCCCUCAGCCUGUCAGACAGCGGCACCUACCAGUGCCUGGCGAGGAACGAGGUGGGGGUGGGCACAGCGGAGGUGGAGAUCGCGGUGGCAGAGUCUCACGAGAGUCAGACCAUGACGGAGAACGUGCUGAUGAUCAUUGUGGGGGCCAUCGCUGGGGGGUUGCUCAUCUUGAUGCUGGUCAUCGUCAUCUGUGUCACCUGCCACCACAAGAAGAAGAACAAGAUGCUGAAGAGGGAGCUGACCGAGAAGAAGGAGGAAAUAAGCACUCUGUCCCGCCAAGCAUCUUUCAGGAGGAUGAACUCGGUCAGCACAGAUGCAAGAGGAGCGACUGAGGAGAGCAUCCCACUGAGGGUAGAGGGAACCCUGAGGACCAGCAUGUCUUCUCUCGGGGAGAUGGCUCAGAGCCGUGACAGCCGCUCUACUCUCUCCGGCGGGAGGGGAGGAGGGGGAGCGUACGACUACCUGGGUCGACCUGUCCUUCACAACAACUCACGGAGGGGCAGAGAGAGGCCCCUGGACCGGGAUGAGGAGAGCCGAAUUAGGGUGGAAACCUAUGUGAGGAACAGCAACAUAUCUCUGGAAUCCCGUCUGCAUCCUCCUCUCAUCCCGUCGUCGCUGCCCGUCGUCCAAUCGUCCACGGAGGUUGUCAGGCACAUCAACGGCUCUGCCGAGGGGGGCUCGAGGCCCACCAGCACCACCAGGUCCCUGCGGCACUCCUCCCUAAGCUGCAGCUAUCCACCCGUGACGGACGAUGAGGACGAGGUAGACGAAGGCCUCGGGGGGCCCGGCAGGCGGGAGCAUCCUGGCGACAGAGAGAGCGUGACCAGCAGCUCCCAGGCGUCUGAGGCAGGCUACCAGCUUAUAAACGGGACAGUGAGGUUAAAACCAACUCCUAGCCCCACUAUGGUUAGCCCCCAUGCCUCCUUGGUGCACAAGGCCCAGAUUGUGUAGCAAGAAAAUGGUCACAACAUACAGUUUACUUUGGAAAAACUCUUUAAAGGGAAUGUCUACACUGGACUGGAUUCAAGGACAUGUACAGUAACUCUGUGCAGGUUCAUUUGUGCACAGGUUUGGACUGGAUCCAAGACGUGGAUGUCUCUCCUUCUGCCACACCUGUGACUUGCAUUACCUCCACUUAUCAUCUUCGUGCCUGAGACACUUUAGGACCCGAUAAAAUCUCCCUGCAGGCAGACGCAAUAUGACCACCGUGAACCAUGUGUGGUCAAACUUUUACAUAUUUUGUAUAUUACCUGUGUAUAAUUUUUUUAUGUGUGUCAAGUACUUUAGGGGCUUUUCUUACAGCAAAUAGUGCAAAUGUGAAGUAUUAUUUUGUUUGAUGCAUAUAUUAGACAUCUUACAUAGACACAUAGAUAUGUUUAAAAAAUAUUACAAUGCAAUUUGACUAAAGACUCAGUGCUUUUUCAUUUUUGUUUACAUCCUGUAUCUUCGAAGAGCCAGUUGGAUUAUUUUUCUACAGCGCCAUCUAGUGUGCAGUGCUGUGCAAGGUGGUGUGAUUUAUCUAUUGGACCAAAGCCUAAAACCUAAUUUCCAUUAGCUGGGCAUGUGUUUGGGGUUUAUAUUUUAAGUGUGAAUAAACUACAUGUGAUGAUUUUUUUUUACAACAAUUCUGUUUUUUUUUUAACCAUCCGAAUAUAUUUAUUCAUGUUAAAAGAUGGAUACUAAAUUGACAAUAAUGGAGACGCCCUUUGUGAAGUAACAAUGUUAAAAUUGCCACAAAAGGCAUAUAAUCAUUCAAUAAUGUGAAUAUGUUGCCAGGGUUAGUUACCAGAUCACAAGACGUUUUAAACAAAGAAGAGCGCAGACAAAAGUACUGUGUAUAAUUAUUCCCUCUUGACCUAUUAAAAUCGAGUUAAAUGUUAUACCAGUGUGUGACGGCAUAAAAUAUUGUGUAAUUACAGUCAAAUCUUUGUAGAAUUCUU